AUAUCUUUCAUUUAAAGGCUCUGUGGUGGUACACACGUGGGAAUCUUUAUCUCGCCGCUACCGCUCUAAAGGUGGACCUGAAGCAGACAUGUCGAGUGAGGACGUGGAGCGGCUUUUGAUACAGUUUCAGGACGAGAAUGGGGAGAUUCUGGGUUCACCUUUCGAUGUGCCUUUAGACAUUACCCAAGACAAACUACAGCUCGUCUGCAAUGCAUUGCUUCAGAAGGAGGAGCCAGUCCCGCUGGCAUUCUUUGUGCAAGGGGAGAUGGAGGUGGUGUCCAGCCUGGGGACAUGCGUUAAGGCUCUUGGGGUUGAAACCGAACAAGUUCUGCCUGUGGUGUACCAGCCUCAAGCUCUGUUCAGGGUUCGGGCUGUGACACGCUGCACCAGCACACUGCAGGGACACACUGAGGCCGUCAUCUCAGUCGCUUUCAGCCCCACUGGCAAAUAUCUGGCCAGUGGUUCAGGUGACACCACGGUGCGCUUCUGGGACUUGACAACUGAGACGCCCCACCACACAUCCAGGGGACACACACACUGGGUAUUGAGCAUCGCCUGGUCACCUGAUGGAAAGAAGCUGGCUUCAGGAUGCAAGAACAGUCAGAUAUGUCUGUGGGAUCCAGUGACUGGUGCGCAGAUAGGGAGGACUUUGACAGGACACACCAAAUGGAUCACUUGGCUCUGCUGGGAACCUCUUCAUCUUAAUCCAGAGUGUCGGUACUUGGCCAGCAGCUCUAAGGACGGCUCAAUACGUAUCUGGGACACAGUGUUGGGACGAUGUGAGAAGAUCCUGACUGGGCACACUCAAUCAGUGACAUGCGUGAAAUGGGGAGGAGAUGGACUUCUGUACACUUCGUCCCAGGACAGGACUGUCAAAGUGUGGAGAGCAAAAGAUGGUGUCCAAUGCAGGACUCUGCAGGGCCACGCCCACUGGGUCAACACCCUGGCUCUCAGCACUGACUAUGUCCUGCGUACAGGAGCUUUUGAACCCGCAAAUGCCACUGUCAACCCUCAGGAUCUCACUGGAUCAUUGGAAGAGCUGAAGGAGAAAGCCUUAGAGAGAUAUAAUAAAGUCAGGGGCUCAGCUCCAGAGCGCUUGGUUUCCGGCUCAGAUGAUUUCACUUUGUUCUUGUGGAAUCCUGCACAAGACAAAAAGCCUUUGGCCAGGAUGACGGGCCACAGCGCUCUGGUCAAUGAAGUGCUCUUCUCCCCAGACACCAGGCUUCUUGCCUCUGCCUCCUUCGAUAAGUCUGUUAAAAUCUGGGACGGACGCACUGGAAAGUACUUAAUGUCCCUGCGUGGCCAUGUGGCAUCAGUGUAUCAAAUAGCAUGGUCAGCAGACAGCAGGCUGCUGGUCAGCGGCAGCAGCGACAGCACGCUUAAAGUGUGGGAUAUUAAGAGUGGGAAGCUCAACAUGGACCUGCCAGGUCAUGCUGAUGAGGUUUACGCUGUGGACUGGAGUCCUGAUGGGCAGAGAGUGGCCAGUGGCGGAAAAGACAAGUGUCUCAGAAUAUGGAGAAGAUAACCACAGUUCUCUUCUAUUUCUGGACUUUGACAAAGGAUUGUCACAUCAUUUCCUUCCAAACAGCUGACAGCUGGAACAAGGGCAGCUAGACUUUAUCUAAUUACCCAUUUGACUUCAUAAGUAUCUGUCACUAGUGGGAGUGUCAGAGAAUGCAAAUGCAGUCACAAUACAAAUGCCCAUGUGGGAAUAUUAACAGUGCAAGAGCUUAAAAGCAAUCAGAUGAACCAGAAUGUAAAAUCAUCUGCCUCUUAAAUUUAUUGCAAGUAGAUUGUAAUGUGUAGUAUACCAUCUCCUAUUAUCGUCUCAUCUUGGUAUACAAUUCAAUUUUAGAUCAGGCGCUCUGACAUGGCUUCAGAAACGUGCUCGGUUGCCAUGCACAUGUGGUUAAAAGCCAAACAAGGUUGUGCAUCUAUUGAAACCGAUCCUGACACAUGUUUAUGGUUUCCUAUUUUGGAGCAAGGAACUGCAUAUUUUCAGGACCAUGUUUGCUACUUUGUCACCUUAGGCCUCACUAGAUAAACUGAGUAUCGGGUGGGGGCAGUGAAGCCUUCCUCUGUGAUGUAAAUGCAGAUGGUGCUCGCCGUGCUCCUUCAGCCUUUAAUCUCCUGUCAGCAAAGCUGCAAUCUGCUGAUUUUUCUGCCUCUGUGGUGAAGCCAAGUGUCACCAACUCUGUUUGAGUCACAGCCCGCACUGGAAAUGCCAGGUUGACCAUUUUUGUUACAGGAAUGUAAGUAUAAAUCAGCAUGUUUAUAUUAGUUUCCUGAUCACACUCAAGAAUCAGCUUAAAGUGUUCAUCCACUUUAAGUGAUCGUUUAUUAUAAAAGCACUGGUGGAAACCAGCAUGUGAAAUAUAUUCAUUAUUUACCUAAAUGGGAAGUGUAUUGAGCUCUGUUAGGUAUGAACUCCACCGCCAAUCAUCAGAUUUGUUUAUAAAAUCAAGAUUUCCAGAAAUAUGUAAUGGCAGUUCUUACUGUAUAAAUAAAUAUUUUUAACUAAUCAGU